AUGUUUUUGAGUCGAGGAAGAUUCUUUCUUUCUCGGGUAGGCGAGCCCAUCCUCCCGACUCUUUCAUCGCACCGGUCACAGAGCUCUCGAGGACUUGCUCAAAUAGCAAGCCUGGAAGACAUUCCAGCGGAAAAUAACAAGCCAUUCUCUGUCCCUAUACCAGAGAAGUGCUUCGAGACAUACAAUUUCGACCCGCCCCCAUACUCCAUCGAAACCACCAAGAAUCAAUUGAAGCAGCUGUAUUAUGACAUGACAAAGGUCAGGCGCCUGGAAUUGGCCGCCGACCAGUUGUACAAGGAGAGAAAGAUCCGAGGAUUUUGUCACCUGUCAACCGGACAAGAAGCUGUUUCAGUAGGUAUAGAACACGCCAUCAGCAAAGAAGACCAAGUGAUUACAGCAUAUCGUGCCCACGGUUUUACUUUGAUGCGCGGGGGGACGAUCAGGUCAAUCAUCGGAGAGCUGCUGGGCCGGCGCGAUGGCAUCGCACAUGGCAAAGGCGGGUCGAUGCACAUGUACGCCAAAAGCUUCUACGGAGGAAAUGGCAUCGUGGGUGCCAAUGUGCCUCUGGGAGCUGGCAUUGCAUUUGCCCAGCAAUACAACGACACGACCAAUGUCACCAUGAAUGUAUAUGGCGAUGGAGCGGCAAAUCAAGGUCAAGUACAUGAGGCGUUCAAUAUGGCGAAGCUGUGGAAUAUGCCCGUGAUAUUUUGCUGCGAAAACAACAAAUACGGAAUGGGAACUUCCGCCGAAAGAGCCUCCGCCAUGACAGAGUACUACAAACGCGGCCAAUACAUACCCGGCCUUCGGGUAGAUGGAAUGGACGUACUGGCUGUCAUGUCAGCCGUCAGACACGGCCGUGACUAUGUGAAGGCGGGUAAUGGUCCCCUUGUUUAUGAAUUUGUCACAUAUCGAUACGCUGGCCACUCUAUCUCUGAUCCAGGCGUGGCUUAUCGGGGCCGCGAAGAGCUGAAGGCUGAACGGGCCAACGACCCAAUUACCAACCUGAAGACGAAAUUAGUUCACUGGGAUAUCAUCACGGAAGACGAGGCGAAGAAUAUUGAUAGAGAAGUACGAAAAGUGGUCAAACAUGAGGUUCAACAAGCUGAGCAGAUGCCUGUCCCGGAACCUAGACUUGGUGUUUUGUUCAAGGACAUCUAUGUACCGGGCAGUGCGCCUCUGCAGAGGCGUGGAAGGACGCUCGAAGAGAGUUUGUGCUAG